ACAGGGAUGAUUGAGACUACAGCCAUGGCCUUGUGGAUCGACGAUCGGCGAGAUUCAUGCAUCUAAUCUAUGCGGCCAAAGGUGCACAAGCUUCCAGCGGGGUACUGUUCCAUCCUUUUGCCGAGUGCAGUGCAUUGGACCCCAGGCAAGUAGUAAACAAUACCCGCCGCUAUCAAAUUGGCCCAUUUGAUCCACUGACAGAAACACUUGCAACUUGCAGGAAGUUUAUUUUUUUCUUGACAAAGAAGAAAAAGACUUACGCAUAUGCAAACAAGCCGACGAGAGAUUCCGUAGUGGCAUAUGUCACGUACAUUCCCCGGGUGCGAACUCCAAUGUCGAGCGCUGCGUUAAAUUUUCAGAUAAACGCUGCUGGUAUUUGCCCACGCAAUCGCUCGCAAAAGUCUUCUCCAGCCUGUAUGCAAAACAGUGGCUCUAUACAACCAAACCGUUCUUAUAACACUUGUUCCAUCCGAUGGAUGGCGGGUCUUAUUUAAAGAAAGGAUCAACUCUUUUAUAAUCAACCAUCGAGCGACUGUCUGGUUCUUCAGUUUCUUCCUCUCGCUCAUUGACUUGUUCUUCAGCUCCGCUCCGAAGAUCCUACUCGCUUCGUCCUUUCAUCUAUCCAUCGAGCUGAAGAACGAGAAUCAAUCUCAAGAAGUGAUCGCGGCCUCGAGAAUCUCUUGCUCUCGGAAAACGAGACGAGAGAGAACCUGUAGUUUUCUCUUUUCUCGUUCGUUUUUUGCAGCAGGAGAGCUGAGACAAGAUGGAGGCUUGGUAUAUGGACGACUCGAGUGAAGAUCAGCGGCAGCCGCAUCACCUCAACCCAGUCCAGCUCGUUUCGCACGAGAAGCUCGCAGCUCUGGGCGUUUUGCACUGGAAUCUCGACGCAGAUCGGUACGAGACCGAUUCAAAGCUACAGGAGAUACGAAAGAAGCGAGGAUACUCAUAUCAGGAUAUCAUCACCGUGAGUCCGGAGAAGCUGCCAAACUACGAGCAAAAGAUCAGGAGCUUCUUCGAGGAGCACAUCCAUCUGGACGAGGAGAUCCGCUACUGCCUCGAUGGAAGCGGCUACUUCGAUGUGAGAGACUUGGGCGAUCGGUGGAUUCGUAUUUGGGUGAAGAAGGGAGACAUGAUCGUGCUUCCUGCUGGAAGCUACCAUCGCUUCACUCUGGAUAACAGCAAUUACAUCAAGGCAAUGCGUCUCUUUGUGGGAGAACCAGUUUGGACGCCUUACAACAGGCCACAGGACGAGCACCCAGUCAGGAAACAAUACAUUAGCUUGUUUGCACCGCAGUGAAGUGUUUAUAAAUCAAUGACUACGUGCAUUUCUACUUGGCUUUGUAUUUCUUAUUAAAUUAUAAUAAGAAUAAAGAUAUAUGUAUAGUGUUUCUUUUGAA